AUGGAUUCGCCGAUUUCGGGAUUCAUCGCCGAGGCGGUCCUGCAACGGUUAGAGUCGCUGGUCUUACAACACCACAGACCGAAAUUCUCUGCCCGGUAUGUGGAUGAUACCUUCGUCGUCAUCGAACGGGAUCAGGUGUUGGCAUUCCAAGAACGUCUCAACGCCGUCUUCCCGGACAUUAAAUUUACGAUGGAGGAAAAAGAGAACAACCAGCUGGCCUUUCUGGAUGUCCUCGUAUAG